UUACUGUUCGGACGUUUGUGCUUCUCUUCUGUUCAUUUCCCCUCCACAAUCUCGAUAAUUGCUUGAAGCUGUAUGUAACAUUUGACUAAUUAAAAACUAAAAACUGGAGAUUGAUUUUGUGCCCAAAAUUUUUGGAUUUUCAACUUUCCUUGGCUCAGAAAAGGUUUACUUUUUUGCAACCUUGCGUUUGGCCAAUUACUUUUCGACAACGUGGUUUUGUUCAGUUUACGUUUUUCUGUUUUCGUGAACCCAGUUCUAUCUUCCAGAAGGAUUAUUAAACUUUGAACUCUUUGGUGGAUGUGCACUUGAUUUUUGUGAUCGAAAGUUUUCAUCUUGUGGCCACAGGUUGAUUAUGUUUUUCUAGUGGCUGGGACUGCUGCAACUGCCGGAUCAUCCGCCAUGAUGAUGCAUCGUUCCUGUUUGCUCCACCUGUUUCCACUCUUCCUCGUCUCUGUCGUUGUCAUGGCAACCGACGAUGGUGGAGCCUUACUAGAGGAUCCUUUGGCCACUGGCCGUCCUGGAUCGGAUUCAACGGCUCCUCUAUUCCUGGAAGAGCCGGAGGACGCGUACGUGGUCAAGAGCAAAGCGGCGACGCUCUCUUGCCGCGCCGCUCACGCUCUGCAACUCUACUUCGUCUGCAAUGGCGAAGCGGUCAGGACCAAGCACCACUCGGCCCAUGAAUUCGUCGACCCCAUGACCGGCAUCCGCCAGCUCGAAGUUAAAGUGGACAUUACUCGGAACGACGUCGAAGAGUACUUUGGGCUGGACGGCUACGGUUGCGAGUGCAUCGCCUGGUCCUCCUUCGGGCAAGUCAAGUCCCGUCGAGCCAAAGUCAUCGUGGCAUUUAUCCGUAAGCAUUUUACGGAGCACCCGUACUCGCGUAGUGUUGAACUGGAGCGGCAAGUGGAAUUGCGCUGCCUGGCACCUGAGGGAAUCCCACCGCCGGACGUGACGUGGCAGAAGAAUGGCGUGCCAGUUGAGCCCAAAAGGGAAGGCAGCAACUUGAUCGUCAGCAGCGAAGGACACUUGCUGGUCGUCCAGGCCCGUCUGGCUGAUAUGGGCAAUUAUACCUGCGUGUCAGAAAACGUUGCCGGCAAACGCAUCAGUGACACGGCCGUUCUCACCGUCUUGGUUAAUGGGGGUUGGUCUUCGUGGUCGUCGUGGUCCGAAUGUACGUCAACUGGUCAGCCAAACUCCUGCGGUCGUGGGACUCAAAAGCGGACUCGAUUGUGCACGAAUCCAACGCCACUCAACGGCGGCCGCACUUGUCCCGGCUCCAAUGUUCAGAAAGGCGACUGCACUUCUAUUUGUCCAGUCGUGGAUGGGCGUUGGAAUGCGUGGUCCACCUGGUCCAACUGCGGGCCAGAUUGUAAACAUCACCGUCGGCGUUCGUGCACCAGUCCCUCGCCUUCCAAUGGAGGCAAAUAUUGCGUUGGCCGAGACCUUAUGUCAGCAAAUUGCACCGGUGGAAUGUGUCGUGCUGGUGGAGGUGUUCGCGCCGAAGGUCUGGAUGUCUCCGAUGAAGCGACGAAAGCUGCGUUGGAUACAGAUGUUGCCCUCUACAUCGGAUUAUCAGUGGCUGUAGCUAUCAUCAUCAUCUUCGCUGUUGUCGGUAUCAUUAUGCUGCGGAUUUUGCGCCGGAAGCACGGUGGACAUUCGCCCAUGUUCCCCGUCGGAACGGCAGAAUACGCUACAGGCUAUUACACGGAUCAAGAAAAGAAAUGCCUCGGUAUCCAACCGGAUUUAACCCAGAACGCAGGAAUGGGUGGGGUCAACCAAAGUCCCCCAGCUCCAGCGUAUUGCGAGUAUACAUAUUCUGAACCAACAACUUCCGGCUGUGGUUCUGCCAGCAAAAGCGGAGCUUUAACUCCCAUAAGCGAACAUCAUUACGACGUUCCGCACUUGGUGAGCCCAUCGCCGCCUCCAUUUCCUUCCGGAUUAAACUUGAUGUCAACGCCCGAUGGCGAACCGCCCAUAAGCUUGAUGUCCCUGGCCAGUAGUCCACGGCCCUCAAGCAACAAUACUAGCGUGGAAAAGACGCCACAUUCGGAUUCGGAACAAAGUCUCAGCUCUACCCUGUCGUCAUCAUCAACUUCAGGUUCUGCUUAUGAUGUCGACACGCUUCCAUCGCCUUCGUCUAUUCGACCAUUACCCGGCAGUAGCACGAUACUACCUGCUAAUGAAGUCGGAUGCGUCACUAUGGCUACUGUGACUUCUGCCGGUUCUCGACUAGUUUUACCUGACGCUGGAGUAGCUUUGAUGAUCCCUGAAGGAGCGCUUAAGAACGGCCAAGUGCAGGAGCAUUAUCUGGCUAUUCUUCGUGAGGAUCGCUAUCGUCCAGAAAUCUCAGAAUGCCAAACGUUACUGAGUCCCAUUAUGCUGUGCGGACCUUCUGAUGUGGUUUUCAAAAAACCAGCAAUCUUGAGUUUUCAGCAUUGUGCUGCUUUGAAACAGGGCCAAUGGAGUUUGUCCGUCUUUUUCAGUGACUCUGCCCCUGAAGAUCCACCGAACUGGCAGAAACUUGUGACGCUUGGCGAGGAAACAAUAAACACUCCAGUGUUUAGUCAAGUGGAUGCACAUCAAUGCCAUCUUGCUGUGGACCAGCUGGGCCAUUACGCUUUAGUUGGAGAAUCUGCUUGUCCUAGUGGCGGAAAUAAUCCAGCCACAAAGACCCUACGCUUAGCAGUUUUCUCUCCUCUUGCUGCCAACCAACACUCACUUGAGUACGGUCUUCGAUGCUACGUGCUGGACGAUACGAUCGCCGCUCUAGAUGCGGUUAUUUCGCUGGAACGACGAAUGGGGGGCCGGCUGGUGGACAAAGCAAAGUCCUUCUACUUUCAGGACGGUGGAUUUCCCCUCUGCCUUGGCCUAGAUGAACUGAGCACCGGGUGGAGACUGGUGCAACGUGAAAUUCACCAGGAAGUUCCAUUCUCACAAGUGUGGAGUGGCCGAAGGUUCGAUCUUCAUUGCGCUUUCACAUUGGAACGGGACAACCGCCAGGUCAAUAGUCUGAGCUGUCGGAUAGCUGCACACCAGCCAGGAUCUCCUCAUCGUCAGUCAAUUCGCAUCGCCCUUGCCGAUUUGAAAAUGUGCGUCGGUAAAGUGCCGUCCAGUCCCGGACUACCACGAGCCUUGCGCUCCCUGACUGUCAGUAGUAAUGGCAGUGCUGCAUCGUCUUCAGCAGCCAGCCACCUCACAACGUUGGAUCCCAAAGCGCCCGUCUUCCGCCUCCAACCAUCCGUUCGACGCCAACUUUGCCAACUCCUUGAUCCACCGAAUGCGCGAUGUAACGAUUGGCGAUUACUGGCACAGCGAUUGAGUGUUGACAGGUACAUCAACUAUUUUGCCACCAAGACUAGCCCGACAGAGCAUAUUCUCGAUCUGUGGGAGGCCCGCCAUCGCGAAUCGAGCGCCGUUACGGAUCUGCUCAACAUUCUGCGAGUCAUGGGACGCCAAGAUGCCGCCACCGUGCUGGAACGUUCCGCCGGAGGACCCUGGAUGUAGAAAGAAAAUAAUUCAACCACGCAGUGUCAUUGGAAUCGGCGAUCUGGCGCGCUUGUGAUAUGCAGAAUUUUCGGCCUUAACCCGCAUAUUUCUUUCGAGAAACUUCACCCCCUCAGUCCUGAUACCUAGAACUUUUGAACCCCAGCAGCCGUAUAUCUUUUUCACAACUUUCACAAUUUCGACAUAGAAGUGAUCUCGCGACUGGCAAAGACUAUUUCUUACUUUUCCAAGUCUUAAUUUGAACUGCCCUGGUGGAAUAGUGCCUCAUCGUCUCCCCAAAACUCUUAAAGCUGCAGAAGGAGCUUAGCCAAAAUAACAAAUUUCUUUUGUCUACGGUUCACUGGCAAACCGUACCUGUAAAGAAAAGGGUACGCAAUUUCCUAGACAGAAGCGGCAAACGCAUGGAACAACGGCGAAGUGUUCCAAUUUACAUAAGCAGGUUAUAACAUUGUACAUUAUAUGUUUCACUUUCACUUGUCAUGUCAAGGGAAAUCAUUUCUUAGUUCUAUUUAGCUUGACCUUUUAUAAGCUUUCGUCGGAUUUCGAUUGGCUGUUCUUGUACAUAAGGAGCUGCACUCAUAACAAAAAUAUGCAAACAUUACCUUACUCUUGAGUAAUCAAAUAAGCGACAAUUUCUAAUUAUUAACAUUGUUUUGUUGUGCUGCCAUGUGUGCUAAUUGUACAGAAAUGUCUAUUACCAAAAAAAGAUAUUGAAACAUGUAAACCCAUUUUGUCUACAGUUGUUCAGUUAAAAUUAUUGCAAGUAUUUGUCACCGUAAGGAAGAAUACAGAAUGUUUGGAUACACAGCCAAACAGUUUAAAACUG